AUGAAUUCCAUCAUCAAGCCAGAGAUCGUCAUUCCCUACCCAGCCAGGUCAAUCCGUAUCGUUGGCUUCCAAAGCAAUUGCGUCUUGCUCUCACGAGACCAUGCGUCCCCCUAUUUUGACCAAUGGCCGUCUUACUACGUGCACAACGAUCAGUACUGGUACAUCAUUCCUGGCAAAGGAAAGUUCGAAGGAUAUUACUAUAUCAAAAGCUGGAUGACGGGCAGAGUGCUAUUCUCCAGGUCGGGCAUGGCGCCGUACGUGGAAACAAACGAAGAUGACGAAACCAACCCGCUUCACUAUUUCAAAAUUGAACCGGGUAGUGGUGCGUACGCCGGUUGCUUCCGACUGAAAAAUUACCAAUCUGAAUGUUAUCUUAUCUCGAGAACCUCGCCGGAACCCCAUGUCUACAACUGCUGGCCAUCGGACCCAGUAGCUGACGAGCAGUAUUUCAAAUUCGACUUCGACGCUCUUGUCAACAAUCUAACACCUUCAGAUUCCAUCGAAGACAUUGGCAAAUGGCAAGCCAGUCCCAUUGUCCUCAAAGCAGUCAGUGUCAACCAGCUGACGAAGACUCUGGUGACUACCGGUCUUGGUAUGAUCCCCGAGAUCGGUGGUCUACUAGCUACCCUUACGGGCCUUUUAUGGCCUGACGAUGAGGCCAACAACUUGAACCAAAUCGAUGCCGGUGUCAGGGAAAUUGUGAAAGGGGUUCUGGAGGAGAAAGCAGUAGCAGACUUGCGAAGAAAGACCGAGGGGCUGAAGGAAUUUAUACGAAGGUAUGGGCAGUCCUCGGUGGGCAUCAGUCAAAAGGGCCAGCAAUUGACCUAUCUCUUGGGGGAGUUUACCAUCAUCAAGCGGGACUACCUUGAUAAUGAAACGCCGUGGCAGACGCUGCAGUAUUUUGUCCCCAUGGCUACUCUGCAUCUUGCUUUGCUCCGUGACCAGCUCUUCCUUUGGGAUGAGAUCUAUCCCGAGGCCCGCGAUCAAGGGAAGGACACCGAAGUCCACCGCGCUGAGUUGCAAAGACACAUCAAGCAGUACACGACCGCGGCGCAGAAAAUCUUUGCCAGAUGCAUCAAAUGGCGGAUGGAAGAGAGAAUCAAAGAUGAGGAGUCGGUAGAUGUAGAGCCGAUGCGAAGGAAAGAAAUUCGAUUCCGCAAUGUCUACGACUUUGAGCGAGGUGUCCACAAACGGUCCGAAACGAAUACACAUCCGGGAAGCCCUUGGGCUCCGCCACCUCCACGAAGUCGUGAGAACCUUCAAUUGGAUCGGUUCUACGAAAACCUGCGGGAUUCGGCCGAUUCCAUCUACCGACAGCAGAUUAAGGACCUUCUCGCACCGUCGCUACAAUGGCCCCAGUUCAUCAACAGGAACAAAGAGCCCAUCACCCGGGAAAUCAUCUGCAAUACAACCGAACCCAUGGGUGAGGUUGUUGCAGCUGACAUGAAGCACUUCAACGACCGCGAGCUUGCCGAGCAGCACGGCCAGAUCACCAGGAUUUCUCUCUUCGCCUGGGACCGAGUGAAUGGUUUCGAAAUUUGGCACGGAGAUACGAGCAGUGGAUUCCGUGGAAACAAGGAUGGGACUGAAAGGAUUCUUCAUGUGGGCGAGGACGAGGCUGUGGUCUGUGUUUCGGGUAACAUUGACUCCCGCGGUCUUAAUUCGCUCCAAUUCUGGAUCAAUCAGGACAAGAAAAUCUGUGGCGGGGGUGGCGGUGGAUUUGGGAAUCCCAAGAUCAGUGACAACUUUCGUCUUGGGCAGCCUUAUAACGGAAAGAGCGGGACGGCUACCGCUCCUUCUACUCCCCGGUUACGAUAUGUGUAUGGCUGGUCGUGCGACAGCAGCUCCACGAUCAAUAUUCCAGAGAUCAGCGAGCUCCUAGGGGUCGCCACCGGCGUUAUCGGGUUCGGUGCCUCUCUUGCUAAGACGGAAGAGUUAUAG